AGCAUACUCAUUCUUAUUUCUUUUAAGAGAACCAUUUUUGCUUCCAUGCAUAAAGUUUGCAAAUGUGUUUAACUGGUGUAGUUUGUGAUUGGUGUGAUCACAUUUUCUGAAUGCAGUUCAUGAAAGGGGCUUUCCUCUUCUUGAGGGUUGAAAUAAAGGCAUGGGAGCUAGCUGUUAAGAAUGUUUGGGCUAUGUAUGACGUGAAGAUCAUCAUUGGACUUACUUUAAUUAGAAAGGUACUGUUAGAAAUUUUGUGAUGAUAGAAGAGUUGAAGUACAAUGAAAACUAUCACUGAUUGUAGGAGGUCAACAUAGUAAAAAUUUCUGAAAGAUAUUAAGGCCUUAUGCCCCAUGACUUUGAUUAUCUAUCUUUUUACUGGGAAUAGGCUGACUUAUGUUUCAAUGGACAAAUUCAUUUAAUCCUCCUGAUUCUUUAUCAUUUCAUUAUUCAUACAUCAUUUUCAGUGGAAUUUUGAAGUUUCUAUCAUGAAUUAUUAUGCCUUUCCUUUUUUAAGUGAAACUUAAUUCCAAAAUCCUUUAUUUUGCAUAUUAAAUGGGGUUUGUCUUGGAUACUUUGUGUACUUUGUAUUUGUUAGUUUUCCUGAUUUUUUAUUUCUUCUAUUUCUCUCUGACUUUUAUUUUCCAUACUUUGUUUUUGUGAGAUUCUAAUAGGGGGCUACUUAAAGAAUUAUGACUAUUGAGUUUAUGUGACAAAUUCAAGUUUGUGGAAUCAAAAGAACAACUUCUGUAGAAUGGUAAUAAUUGGUUUGACAUUAUAGUAGGAAAAGUGUUGAGCUGAAAAAGAAACUUGGACAUGGUUCAUUGCAUCCACUUUGGCUUUUGACGGGUGAGGAAAAAUGGAGAUAAAUUUUAGGCUCUAAAGUGUGUGACCCCUAGGCCAGGUGGAUAGGGCUUUCUUCUUUUUUUUUUUUUCUUUUUUUUUUUGGGUACAUCAAGAGCUAUUAAAAGCUUAAUUUCUAAGAAACAUAGUCCCAGUAUAGUGGGCUUUCUUAAAUAUACACAAACACCCCACGAAGUGGGGUACAACAAGCUAGUGUUGUAGUAAAGGACAAGAAGAGAGUUAAGAACUCUCCUUUCUUAAACUAGAGAUUUCUAUAUCACUUAAUACUCACCAGUUUAUUUUAAAUUAUAUAAAAAUAUAAUUAAUAAAGGUUA